ACGUGAAACAGUACCUAGCGAUGAUUCGUAUAAUACUCAUAUUAUUUUUCGUGGUCUGUGGUGAUGUGGGAGUGCAAUCAGUUCAAUAUCGCAUGCACGUUUCUAAGAAGUCCAAGUCAAGUUCAGCGCCUUUCAGGAGUGCAUAUGUGUUCAACCACUUCGAUGAUGACCCGGAGAUGUUCAAUGCCAUUGAAAAUCACAACCCACAUGGAGCAACACUCCAGAUCAAACCUUACUCAGGAAAACGUAGUGCAUCGGAAUAUUCAGAUGGAUACAACAUGGAAUACAGAGACAAAAUUGUAUACGCAUCGGUAGCUGAUAAAUAUAAUAACAUCGAUACAAACAAUCACAAAAAUCGAAUAAGAGAUCAAAUGAAAGCACCUAAGUAUGACUACGUAUCAAAAACGCAAACUAAUGUGAAACGAAUGGUAAACGGCAAACCAUCAAGUCUCGAAUCGUCAAUUAGCAAAGUGUCAAAAGAGAAGUACGUCGAUAAAACUGGUGUAACAGUAACAGACAAAUACAGUCAUAAGGAUAACCAUACGGAUCAUAAUAAUUAUCUGGAGCCACGUGACUAUAAUGUGGCCAAAGCGGAAGCGAAAUAUAGCUCUCAUUAUUUACCUUCGAAGAUCAAAUCAGACGCCUUAUACGAAAGAUUAAAAUCUUUAAUGCAUUAUCGUCCCAGCACAUCAGAAGUCAAAACGGAUUACAGUUUUAAUCCUGUUCUUGACUUCCAUCAUGUUGAUGAUGACGACAUAAGAACUAGUUCAAGAGUGUCCUAUGAAAGCUGGCCUUAUUUUUUUCAUACACCUUACGAAUAUGAGCAUACAAAGAUUAAUUCAGAUAUACAAAAAGCAAAAGACAAACGAUUUGCCGUUGAUACCGACCACAAAGUGAUUCCUGUUCAUGAGCACCAUCACGAUAUGCCGAGCUAUUAUCGACCGCCACUUACCACAAUCCAUCAAACAACUACUCCUGAUAACCCUAUUUCAGGUCAUCAGCCAUUUUUUUCUUUUGUUCUCCACGACUAUUUUGACAAAAAAGUUGGUGAUGACGAUCCCUUGACUUUUAAGGGCUUAAAUUUAGGAGAAGAUUCAUACUACGAUUCUAAGCUGCAAGUCCAUGACGACUAUGGUAAACGUAAUCGAAGACUACAUGAAGAUUUCCCUGACAGUGACUACGAAGUUUUAGAUGUAAAUUAUGAUACCGCAGGCCUUGACAGAGGUGAGUCAGCAACAGAAAGGGGUUAUAAAAAGAAACAUGGAUAUGACCAACACGAAAAGGGUAAUAGCAAAAAUAAUGAAGAGAAAACAGUUACAGAGAAAAGCCAUCACAAAUACAGAGGUUUUAAAGAUUUUGUUGAUUCCUUCGCCAACAGAUUUGGAAACGAAGACCACAACAGAAAUGUGCAAUACGCAUUGAAAAAAAAUCAAGAUAAAGGAGAAAAAAGAAAAGGCUUUCACCGAGUUUAUCAUAAAGAUGAAUACCAAGUGGACAAUGAAUUUUACGACAAUAAUAACAUUAGUUCUCAUGGCGAAGAAAGUGGAAAAUCAGCUUUGCGCAGAGGAGGGUCUGAAGGUGUCUUACAGUCUCAUUCUGCUGCUGCUUUGGAGAAUGAGGCUGAUGCUUACAAUAAAGCUGCAAGUGCGCAUGGACAUAACUACGAGAACAAUAAAAGUGGACUGGAAAAUGUUUUAGGAUUAAAUAAUGACUUCCAUAGAUAUAUAGAUGUAGCAAAAAAGGCUGCUCUCAGCAAUAACGCUGACUACACCGACACUUACAAAUGAAUACUUCUGCUGCAAAUCUCUCUUCACAAUCGUUUUCUUAUACAAUCAACAAUGCAAAAGGUCUCCACACAUCAUAACAACAGAUGUGGUGCAGACUGUAUUAAUUGUUUCCCAUUUCAAGUUAUCGGAAUAAUAGUGCCUUAAUUAAU